AGGUUCAAAACAUGAAGAUCAUCUUCCUGCUUUCAAUACUUACAUCUUCCAUCGUCGCGAAAACAUCAAAAUGUCACAGCUGUUUCAUGGGAGUGUGUUACCAACGGACGAAAAUCUUCGGCGGCACUGAAGCGACAUCUACAGGCGAUACUUACCAAAUAACUGGACAACUUGCCGUUGAUAGAAAUAAGGAAAAAAACAUACUAUAUUUCCAUUAUGUUAAGAAUAAUAUAGACUACACUGGAGCAUAUGAUUUAAACAAUGAUAUAGCUUAUACGAUUGCUAAUAUUACCUUUUCAUUUGCCCGCGCCGUGGCUCCUAACGGAGAUGUAUAUAUGUCUGGUCCUAAAGGUAUUUACAAAUAUAAUUCAGCUUCAAAUACUACAGUUUUACACGGACUUAAAGAUUCUACAGUUUGGCAUAUGCAGUACAAAGAUAAGUUAUACUACAACAUUCAUUCUGAACCGGGUUUGAAUGUUUUAGAAAAAAAAGCUUCACCUAUUUCAAGUUUAAUGUCUUUUAUGAUAGAAGAUUUUGUAAUAGAUAAAUAUGGUGAUAUAUAUUUUUUGGCGAACAUGACUAUAUAUCGUUUGAAGCAUGAUUCUAAAGAAGUUGAAGAUUUAGUUGAUCAAAUAUAUAUUUUAACUACAGAUAGGAAUGGAAAUGUAUAUUUCGCGCACACUGCGACUUCGGGUAUAUAUAAGAUAGAUUAUUCUAUAGAUAGAAUUGUAAGUGUAGGAGCCUUUGGUGGUAACGGUGGAACACCUUUGAAAUUCGUGUUCGAUAAUUUAAAUAAUGUUGUAUAUCUUGAUGAAGAUCAGGCGUUGUAUUUUCUAAGACCGACGUAUAGAGGUUGUAAAGUAUCUUCAAAUGUUACGGGGAAGAGAAGAAUGCUUAGUGUUCACGCUACAGAUGUGUGGGUUGCCUCAUAGGACCUUAAAGUCACAAUAUCUGAAGUGAUAAAGCAAUUGUACAUAUUUUUUAAAUAAAUUAUUAAAUUUUUUACUAAGUUUUUUAAAUCGCCUACAGACUUCACUACAUUCUUCUGACUUAGGUAAAAACCAACAAUAACCAAUAUAACCAUUACCAAAUUAUACUAUAUUCAAUUUAAAAAAAAUUAAUUCAAAAGAUAAACAUGUAAAUGUUAUUUCAAUUCGUUUUAUUUUUAAAACAAAAUAUACAUUUUUGUCAUGAUAUAUUUUAACAAUUAUUUAAUUCUUAACACAUCAUACAUACAAAUUUUAGCAUAUUUUUAACAGCGAUACGAAUUUUUUCAACCGACUUUUUAUUUCAGAACUUGUUUUAGGUUUAACCAGUUCGUAAAAUUAACAUACAAUUUUUUAUUUUAUAUGAUAUCCUUUACUUUAAAGCCCACAACGAUGGAGGCAAAAAAUGUGAUUAAAAGUACACUCUUAAUUCCGUGACAUAAACCUUAUAUAUGUGACGUCCCACGGGCAAAGGUACCUUUUGCCGCGGAACGUCAUAUAUGUAUAUUUUUCUUAUAACCUUAAUUUAAUAUUUUUCCCACAGUCUUCAAUAAUAUUUCAAGCGGACCCCAGGCUCCCAUGAGCCGUGGCAAAAUGCUGGGAUAACACGAGGAAGAAGCCUUUAAUAAUUUUAAUCCUUAAGUAUUUAGACAAUUAUAAAUCUAAACAUUUUUCAUACAAUCACCAAAUUUUACUCAUAGCCCUUCAAUCAUUUUAGUAAAGCAAUAUUUUUGACCCAAUAUGUCCCAAAUCCCAAUCACCUCUGAGGUUAGCCUUAAAAAAAUCUAUUUCACAUAGCCUUAUUCUUCUUUUUUUUUU